AGGAAAUAGGUUCGGUUGCCUCACUGCCGUAAAUUGUAACCGGCUGUCAAACGAGCGGGGAGGUGUCGCGGUUGACCGCGGAAAGUGAUGUGCCGUGGGUUCGGGGCUCUGGUCUCAUCCUGCAGAAACCCAUUCCGGAGAAGGCUACUUCAGAGCGCUUCUGCAAAGGGAGCCGAAGCGCAGAGUUAUGGCCGUCCGGCUUCAACUAGGGCCCCUGAUCGAAGGGAACAUGAUGCCGAGAUUUCAGACUUUCAGCCUCCAAAGGACUCACAUUUUGACUGGGUUGGCCCUCCGGAUAGGUUUUCAAACCUAAGAUGUGUGAAGUUUUACAUUCCAAAGAAUGAAUCCAAGCUAGAACAGCAGCUGAGAAAAUUAAGAACAGAUACACAGAAUUGGAACCAGAAAUUUUGGUCAAAUCAGAACAUAACUUUCAACAAGGAAAAAGAAGAGUUUAUACACUCCCACUUGAAAGCGAAGGGAUUGGGAUUAAGAGAUGAAGAAGGGAGGAAAAACAUUUUGACUGCAGAAGAGAUGGCUGAAUUUUAUAAGGCAUUUCUUAAUACAAAUUAUGAAAAACAUGUGAACUACAACAAGGAAUGGUACAGACGUAAUUUUACUAUCACGUGGUUAAUGGGUCGAGCAGUAUUGCAAAAUGCUUGGAGAAGACUGAGACGGAGGAAGGAAGUCAAACAAUGAAGAUCCUGUUCUGGAAGUUUGAGCAUUUUAGAGAUGGAAUUUAACCGUGCUGUGAAAGUACUUGGGUAUUGGUGAUAUGCUAAUGUCUCUCAGUGAAGGAUUCUUAAAAUGCAGUUGUGAUCAAAAUAUACUAUAAUUUUUGUUAGAUAAAUAUGUUUUAUCUACAUUGCAUUCUACAUGUGUUUUUCUUGUAUUUUACCACAGUACAAUACCUGAUUGCAUAGGCUUAGAAAUUGAAGACCUUUAAACUAAUUAAAUAGCAAUUAGAAAUCACUUGAAUGAAAAAUGGAACAAACCUGCCACAAUAUACAACCAGCAAAUGAAGCUGCAGAAAUCCAUUUGCUGUGAUUUUUGUAACUUUAAUUUCCUGAGUGAGGUUAAGAGGAAAGAAAGCAUAUUCACCACAUUUAUCACAAGGAAAGGAUGAUAUUACAUUUAUAUAAUCUGUCUCACAUCCUCUGCAUGUCCCAGAACAUGUCAAAUCAUGCAGGAUAAUGAUUACUUGUAAAGUGUGUAGGCAGAAAACUGUUGUGUAUUAAAACUUGGUAGUUUAUGAGCAGUUAGAUCUCGUAAAAAGAUAAAUGACCAAUUAAUUUGUGUUUUGUUGUUUGAAGUAUAAAUGAUGACCUGAAUACCAUGAGAACCUCCAUACUUAAAUAAGUGGUAAGGAAUUUUAUAAAUCAAACAACCAUUUUUAUGUUGUUAGUUGCAACAUGUGUCAAUCUAUUUUCUCUUAAUGGCGAUCUCACCCAUAUAUAUUUGAAUUACUUAUCAAAGUUAUCAGUUACCUUUUAAUGAUAAAUCACAACCAACAUCAAUAUCAAAAAUUGAACUUUAAUUCUUAAUAUUGCUAGUGCAGUGUUUAAUAUUUCAAUGUUCCAAAUCAGUACUUGACCUAAAUCCCAAUCAUGCAGGCAAUAGGUAACAUCUUUUAGGUGGCUUAAUUGUUAAAUUCAAAAACAUAUUUAGCACCCAAUUUACCCAAAAGAAUAAGAUUUAAUCUUUUAAAAGUUAAAACUUAUUGCUGACAGCAGCUUGAGACACAGAGCUGCACUGGUGAUUUAGUGUUUAAAGAUUAACUGCUGAUGUCUGUACUAGUGAGUUAGGAUGUACUUACUGUACUUUGUGUAGUUUCUAUUGUACAUAUUAAGACUGAAAAGUUUGUCUCUUAACCUGAUUUGCCAGAUUGAAUAUUUCCCCUGCCAAUAAUGAAAUAUGUCAGUAGGGGGCAACAAAUUCUACCAGAUGACAUGAAGAAAGCCAUUCCAUUCAUGCAAGACAUAUAUUUAGUGUUAACUAUGUCUUUUGCACCAGAAGGCUGCAUUUAAAAAUACUCUGCAUGGUUUUAUAUAAAUUGAAACUGUAUUUGGUCUUAGUUUGUUUACAGUUCAACUGAUUAUUACACAAGUCUUAAGGGAGAGUAAAUGUUUAAACCUGGACAAAUGAGAAGAAUCUAAAAUGGCCUUGGUGUAUUAUUUUUUCAACAUCAAAAAUAAUGAUGAGCAUUUAAAUUGAUUUCUCUGUUUUAUCACUUGGCAGGACAUUAUUCCCCUUGAGCCAUCUCAGGCAAAUAUAAAGACAAGAUAGGUCAAGUAUCAUUAUUGAUGUUGCAAACUAUUAAUGAUGUAUGAUGAAACUGCAUGUCCCCAAAUUAUUCUUUAGCAAGCAUUGUAUUUAUAAAAUGUUGCUUUCUUAUUAAUUAU